CGUAAUUCCUUUAUCUGUUAUGAUUGCUUGAUAAAAAAAAUUCCCGCCACAGUUUUGAAUUUCCUACAACCCUUUGCAAGGCAUUCUUGUCCUGUUUUGAUAUAUUUGGCACGUCAGUAGCAUUCAAGAAAUGUCAGAGAGUUUAUUCUCCCUCGAAGUUCACGUAGAAAGCGUACAGAACUUGAAAGUUUCUUGCUCGAUUCCUGCAAUCACUUACAGACUUCUCGACUUCCCAACUUUGAUCAUUCAUCAUGUCUCUCCUCUUACAGUUGACAAACUCCGGGAAAAAGCAAAGCUAGCCAACCUAGGAAAGAACACUGCUUUCCCAGAGCUAAGGGAUCGCUUCGGAAAUGUGCCAUUUAACAAGGGGAAAUCAUGCUUGUUCAGAAUGAACGUAGAAGAUUUGCACCAGAAACUUCAGGUGACUCCGAUCUAUGUGAUGCUAGUCGACGUUUGGCCGAAAAAGCCUAAACUAAUAGGAAGUACAACGAUCCCACUAAAGAGAUCCAUUGACAGGAUUAUAGAUGACGUUAAGAAAAAUGGAGUAUCUGUACCUUCCUUCUCAAAAGAGGAAAAUAAAUUUGAUAUCUUUAAUUUGAUGGGGAGUAAAGUUGGGAAAGCUGUUCUGGGAGUUAGACUGUUGAGUCUUGGAGGAUCUCUUAUCCCACAUAUCCCUACUGGUGCAAUAGUUAGGAGAGAAGAUAAUAAGGAUUAUACUUCUGUGCCAGAGCCGCCAGAUGAGGAGCCAAUAAAGAGUGAUGAGGAAGAGAAUAGUGUUGCUAGCAAUUUUUUACUGAAACCGUCAGAGGUUGAGAAGCAGAAUUCUGAGACUCAAACGGAAAGAAAGCCAGCAAAAUAUCCAAAGCCAGUUAAAAGGGAAACCUUGAUUAGUGAAGAUGUACUUAUAACUAACACAGUUUGCCCACCUCCCUUGUUUUACAACAUAAAAUCUCACACAGAAAAUAAUGCUUCAAGAGAGAGGAUAGCAAAGCGAAGAGAAUAUAGGGAUCAUGAUGAAGAAUGUGGUGAUGAUGACGAUGAUGAUGAUGACAGAGAUAGCAAAAUGUGUAGAUCUGUCAUGAUACAAACUGAACCUACCACUGAUGAUCAUGAGAAACCAGAGCUUGCUCAUACAAAUGUCAAACUCAAUAAUUUUCCAUUGCUGAAUGCCCUUGUAAAGGAGUUGUCACAAUUACACACUGAAACACCUACUGCACACAAAGAACCUAAUUUACCAGCCAUGGAACUGAAUAAAAAAAUUCUAGCAACACCAAGAGCAUGUACAGCAUGUAUUGCUUCACAGGCAUCUGAUAAAAAGAAGAAACCAAAAAGGCCUCAUUCUGUGCCAUCUUCUCAAUCAAAACCAAAAAGUGUUGUAGGGUUACAGAAAAAGGUGAAGUUUAAAAAGACCAAUUUGACAUAUGGUAUGACAAGAACUCAGCUUAUGAGGCUAGAGAGAAACAAGAACAGUAGGUUACCUGAGAAUGCCAGCAUUCCUGCAACUAGAGUGAACAUGAACAGUAAGUUACCUGAGAAUGCAGGCAUGCAUACAGGAAGAGGGAUAAAGAAAAUGGUAACAGAGGGAAGGAAUGAUCUUCAUGGUGGGAGAAACAUGGACUUUGGUGCUACUCAUGGUGUCUUUCCCAGAAUGGAAGAUGGCGGUGCCAAACUUCAAACAACAAAACAAAACACCUUUCAAAUCAGCGAUAUCCCCACAGGAACAGUGGUCUUAGGACAGGGAAGGGAGCAACUUGUGUCUCCUGGUGUGGAGUACAGUUGUGCUGAUAGUGGAGUGAAAAGAAACAGUCUGGAGAUUAGCCUUCCUCAAGUAGAAAACCAAGACUCAGAUGACAGCAUUGAUGACAUCAACAAAAGCUCUGGAAGUGAGACAAAGCAAUCCCAGCCCCACCCCUUACAGGAUCCUGAUUAUUCCCACACAGGUAUCCCAAGAGAACCAAGCCAGGAGUCUGACUUCCUACCAGCAGUUGACCGAUCCAGGACAUCUACUGCACUCUCAAUGUACUCUGAUGACUUUGAGGCAGUGCAAGGCUCUGAUUCUAGGUCUAAUAGUGUCUCGUCCAGAUCUUCCUAUCAUUCUGUCAUAUCACAAGCCUCAAAGACCAGGAUUGAGCCUGUGAGAUCUACUCAAAGCCCUCUGAAAGUCCAACAACAGAGAAAACAUUUGACGAUGGGUCAGGGGUUUGCAGCUAGUGGCUCUUCUAUUCAAGACAGCUCCUCUAAUGAGAGGGAAGUAUUUGUGGAUUCCUUAGAGGUGAAUCCGGGAGUGACCUUACAGGACGAAGAUUCCAGGAACUCUCCUGGCUUAGACAAUGAAAUGAUGUCUAGGGAAUCGGCUUGUUUGGACGAUGCAAUGUUUUCUGACGAAUUUCACUCUGUUGGUAGUAGUGGGAACGAACUUUAAGUUGAAUAGUAUCUGUCGUCUUAGACAUUGAAACUCCACCCAACAUUAAUGAUGAGGUGAGGUCUAAGGCACAGCUGGCUUUGAUGAUGCAGCUUGUAGAAUACCCCAAAAUCCAGAACCUUGAAUAUGCCUUGUUUAUCACAAACCCUAGCCUAGCGUGUUUUUACUGCAGAACAUGGUAGAGUAUGUAUAUAAUCCAAGAUUUUGAAAAGUUUAGAAUUAGAUGCUAUGCAUGUGAAUUCAUCUGCAGCAUAAUCUUGCCAGUUGGCCACAAUAAAA